GAACGGAGCGGAGCCUCCGUUCCCACUUAACACACCCCUUAUUUGAGCCACGAGGGCCCAGAACCAGCCGCCAUUCAUCCCAUCAUCCCAUAUCCUGGUUCGCGAAUCCAUCUCCAAAUUGGUCUCAUGGACUUGUGUAGCGAGCGUUUGACGAAACCAUUCGUCAAUGACUACGGGUAGACGCGGUGGUAACAGCUUGUCGCAGCCCUGUCCGUUUUGAGACGGAGAAAAAAGGGCGGAAUCGGGUGAGGCGCCUCGAAAUCGCACGAAACUGGAAAUCCAGCUAGAGCCGCCUCGGGAAUCCCGCACAUGGCGAUGUCAUCCCUUCAUCCCCGCGGAUUUCGUCUGACGCGGCGUGCCACCACUGUGGCCACCGAGGCACACCGACUUCGAAACCCCAACUCUCAGUUAGCGAAGGUACGAAACACUAACACGGGCAGCAUGGAUUUGUUGACGUGGCUGGCCAAUUCCCCGUGGUUUUUCUGCCCAGAAUUUCCGGUAAUCCCGUUCCUGCCCUAACCGAAAUUCUUGUUCAGAUUUCCACACCCACAGCCUCUCUCCCCUCUAUGGGCUCUCUCCACAACCACUCCUCUCCCCUCGACUCCUCUAGCUCUAAACGCGUACAUAAUCCGAGUAGAUCAUUACAUUUUCUUCACCAGUUUCUUGCUCUGCAGUAGUUCCGCUCUCUCCAUCACUCUCUCGUUUCGUAGUCCUGAGCUCACGCGUUUACUCUCAUCAGACGCUCUUUAACCUGCUCUAGAGACCUUCUCCAGCAGCUCUUUAAACUGCGUCGUAGUAACAGCCGUCUCACGUCGUCACCAGCACUUACGAUGGCGACAAACUCGGCGCUGAACGUCAACCAGACCGCCAUCUACGACCGACGACCGAACUCCGACACCAGGAGGCUCCGUACGACCACGCAAGGCUUCAGUGCGUUCUUCGCUGCGUUAAAGAUUGGUAGAUUCGAAAAGGACGCCAAGGACCCGCAGGGCAGGUCCUUCCGUCGGCCACUUGGAUUCUCUCCCCUGCGUCCAGCGGCUGUGAGUCCAGCAAAGAAGGCUGCUGCUCAAGUCGCUAGCGAGCUGCCACAGAAGCAACAACAGACGACAAUACAGCAGAAGGUCAAGCAACGGUCUCAAAAAAUGGUUUCGCUGUCUGCGAUUUCAAGCAUGCCUUCAAGAAUCCCAAAGCCUGUGAGCUCAAGAACGGCUUUAAUGGUUCCUGAGGCGAGAUCUACCAGCAGCAGCAGGGGAAUAAGAGGACUGAUGCUGAAGGCUCUGUUGCAGAGAAGGGGUCUUCAAAGUUGCUGCAAAUGAAGCUGAUGUUUGAAGUUUCCAGAAUGACCCAGACGAGAAUUCCGGUUCAUGUUGCUGCUGUUGCUGCGUGAUUGAAGAACUGCGGAUUUCAUAUGCGCAGCAGAAGCUUCUGUUAGCUUAUUUAUUGUAGAGUUCAACUGGUUGUUGAAACUAGGACACCUCGAAGUGACAUUCGGGCAACGUGUGGGUCAGAUGCUAAACUCCCUCACCAAGAAGUGACCUGCAACCUGACUCGGGAUUGACACCGACCCCGAAGUCACCUGUGGGCUCAUCAUAUACUGCAGACUCGGGUUCAAUACCCACCGGCAUCAAAUGUCCCAGAUGGGGCAUCGCAAUAAAUCACCUUUUCUCAUCGCAAAUAGAUUUUUUGUAUCAUCACUUCGUAGGAAAGGCAGUCAUGGGAAAAUUUGUUAGAAAGAUGUUGGGCUGAUAAAAGCCCUUGGGAUCUUUUUCAGAGACUAAGUCCCAGCUGUAGAGACUUGAGACCUUGAGUAGUGCAGCGGAAGUUUGAGACAGUUGAACCCUUGUACU